AUAAAGACCUGAUUGAUUACCGCUCGAGCUGCUGAUGAACGACUCGUACUUUCCUUUCCUUCGAUACGGCGGCUCUGCCCGGCGGUGACGCGUCACUCGGGAUCUUCAGUAUAACUUCACCGGCGGAGCGACUCGAUGCUCCAGACUGCAGCGGAGGACUCACGAGAGUAACACCAUGUCCCGACACGGAGACACGAUGGACAGACCACCUGUGGAGAGAUCACAGACCCCAGACAACAGACAGACACACAGACUUUAUCCAUCACUGCCGAGCACAGACAGGUACCAGGUGUGUGCGGCGGACCGCUCCAGAGGAGGACAUCAUCCCGACAGUCGCACUGAGUCAGACGGUGACGUCCGGAUGAAGGCGCAGAUUCUCCUCUUGCAGGAGCAGAGGCAGGAGCUUCUUUGUAUUAAUGAGAAAUGGGCAAAAGAGUACCGCACCAUGGUACGGUACUACAAAGAGAGGGUCCAAGAAUUAAAAGCAUCGCUGCAACGUGAUCACACGGAGGAGGAGGAGGAGGAGGAGGAGGAGGUGGUGCGCGAAGAGGGAGGAAAUAAGGCCUGGUUAUCCAAGAAGGUCCACAAAGAGAAAGAUGGAGACGAGUUACUGAAAGCAGAGAAAGAGGCGGAGGAGCUGCGAGCACAAACCAGAUCUCUGACACGAAGAGGGCAGCAUCAGCAUGAGGAGAUCAGACGGCUGAACAGGGCUCUCGAGGAGGCUCUUCAGACUCCUCGGCCUCUCGGUGUGAGCGGUGAAACACUACAAGAUGUCUGGAAGCAUCAGGCAGAAGUCUACAAGGAGGACUUUUUGAAGGAGCGCAGUGACAGGGUGAAGCUAAAGGAGAAGUACCUGGAACAAGAGAAGAAGUUCAGAAAAGUCCAAUCUCAGCUGACGUGGACUCCGGCACCGCGGCCCACACUCGAGAGCGGCAGCGCGGACGAAGCCGCACGUGCACACCGCGAGGUCACCGAGGUCCGCCACGUGAACCAGCGCCACGACCAGCCGCGGCGACGCCGCGCGCUCAACGGCGAACCGUGACAACCGACGACGUCCUCGCUCGUUUUUUUUUUUGUGUGUGCGAACCGCAUAGUAUGUUGCAGGCCUCCCCGAUCACAGCUCAUCGUUAGCGGGGGAGGGAGACUGAGGAGACGGUCGUAACGAGGCUGAUCCACAAGUCCUGGGACACGUCAAAAGAUACUUUAAAAACAGCCCCGUGAGGUAGAAAUGUGACCCUCCGGUAAAGUCAUGUUGCGCAACAACAAGUGCUACGUUUGAGUCUGAGUCAUCGCGAAGCACCUCUGUGGUAUAUGCAGACGCUUUGGGAUCAGGAAGAACGAGCGCCAUGUCGCCGUUCAGCAUUACCUCAUUUACACCCGAAGGCCUCUCAGGGGAAAGAUAGAGGUCGUGGGAGAAGACGACGAAUAUGAAUAUAUAUAUAUAUAUAGGAACGUGUUUUUGUUUUUGUCUUGUUUCCUGUUUAUUUAUCAUGAAAAGAAAGCCUUGAAUGAGUCACAGUCAUGCCCAUCUCUGACUUUACAUCUUCCCUCGUCAUACCUUGAUCCCAUCCAGGAGGUUCGAGGAGCGAAUCAGGAGAUAUAUUAUCACUCCUAUCCUUCCUAUAAAUCCUAUCCCUCCUAUCCAUCCUUUCCCUCCUAUCACUCCUAUCCAUCCUUUCCUUCCUAUCACUCCUAUCCAUCC